AUGGCAGGAGGCUUCCUUGCAUACCACGAGCCUGGUAUUGUCGAGAUUUUGAUUAUCAUCUCAUUUUUCUUUUUCCUAUCGUUUGCAGAGUGGUGUUCAGCGAAAGUGAUUCGCGCGGGCAUUAUUGGCCAAAUUGCCGUCGGCAUUAUAUAUGGGAAACCAUUAGCAGAUAUUCUUGAAGGGCCGUGGCAACAGACGUUCCUCGCGAUUGGAUAUGUCGGAUUGAUUUUGAUCAUUUUUGAAGGUGGACUUCAAAUACGGCUUGAUCUUUUGAAGCAAAACUUCCUCUUCAGUGUGUUGGGAGCUGCGACGGGAGUCCUAUUCCCAAUCGGCCUUUCGUACUUGGUACUUUAUUUGGGGUAUGGAUAUGGCGCUGUCGAGACAUUCAUUAUCGGAUCUGCACUAUCUGCGACUUCGUUAGGCACAACCUUCUCGGUUAUAUCCUCCGCUUCAAAGGAGGUAGACCUUUCCCAGACUCGAGUUGGCUCAAUUCUUGUGAGCGCGGCUGUGAUUGACGAUGUGGUUGGUCUUGUAUUAGCCAGCGUCAUCGGUGAUCUGGGAGAGUUGUCUGGCCCCGGUGCAGGCCAUGUCAACCUUGGCUGGAUUAUCGGUCGUCCCAUAGUGGCAUCAGCAGCUAUGGCGAUCCUUACGCCCAUCCUUACAAAGUGGGUCUUUGCGCCCGUCUUUCGUCGGUGGUUCGAGCAUUCAUUUGCCAAAUACGAUCACGUCUCCAAUAUCAUCCUGAUGGUCUUGGUUCUGUCGGCAUUUAUCAGUAUUGCGGCAUAUGCCGGUACUUCUGUGUUGUUCGGUGCUUUUCUCGCGGGCGCAUUCCUCACAUACUUGCCCACCAAGCACCCAGAUGGUCCUUUCGUUGUCAUGAGCCGGGAAGAAGGCGAGCAAGACCCUGACAGGAGCCCUACAUUCGUUCAUACCUUUGAACUCUAUUUAUUGGAUACCCAGAAGUAUCUGAUGGAGCCGUUGUUCUUUGCGAGCAUUGGGUUUGCGAUUCCUUUUGUGGGACUGUGGACUGGGAAACGAAUUUGGAGAGGAAUCCUAUUCUCGCUUGUCAUGGCAGUUGCCAAGUUUGUUGUUGGAGUCUGGAUUCCCAUAUUCGAGUUCACCGGUUCCCGAAAGUCCCCUACCCCCGGCGAGAGUUCGCCGGCGAUGAGCAACCAUGGAAAGAGAAACAGCACCGACGAGACAAGCGACUCUUCAAGAGCGGUAGAAAAGAAAAGUGGCUACGGCUCGGCGUCACUUGCGGGGCUCCUUCUUGGCUCGGCGAUGGUAGCGCGAGGAGAAAUCGGACUUUUGAUUGUAGAGAUCGGAUAUAACGAGACACCCUAUGUGAGUGAGGAGGGCUUUAUCACUGCGGUGUGGGCCAUUCUUCUCAACACCAUUGUUGGCCCUGUCACUGUGGGCAAUAUCGUCAAAUUCUACGGCAAGCGCAUUGGAGAGAGUGCAUGGGGACUUCAGGGCCAGGCGGCCCCCGCCCGAGAAGCAACGGUGGACACAAUACGCGCAGCAGAGCCACCGUUCUUCUCAGUUUGCUUUCGAAAUGCCUACUACGAUUGA